AUGAAAAAACGUGCUUUGUAAAAUUGAAAACAAAAAAGCCGUUUUACUUUUCACUAGCACUGUCCCAUUUCGUGAUGCCAUCAGAGUUCCUCAGUGUUCUCAGUUGAUUUCUGCCUCUCCUGAUAAGGAUUGUUUACGGGUUGUGCUUGUCAUUCUACUCACCUGGAUACCUGCUGUAUGGCUGAAGCAGCCACUCCUCUAACAGUGCCGAGAGAAAGUAAAAAGCAAAGUGUCACUGACCACUUGACGAUGGACAAUUCAAGGUCACACUCUGAUGAUUUAUACACACGAGCUGAAUUAACAAUAUUCAAGAAAGUUAUCGAAUCUGAUAGAACUAUUCAAAGUCAGCAAAUAGGGGAACCUGAUUUAAGUGAUAGUCAAAAAUUAACUGCUCUUUGCUCGUUGCUAAGGACUAGAGGUGGAAACUUUUUGAUGAGGUUUGGAUCUCUCUUGGAUGGCGCAGAUUUGACAUACAUAGAAUCUGUAGUUAAAAUGAACUAUGUGAUUGUUUAUCAAUUGAAAGAGCUCAGGAAACAGUUAGGAUUGAGUGUUAAGUCUCGACAGAAGCAAGUACAAAAUCGUCGUUUUCAGUAUAUGAAACACCUAAUGGAAACGUCUAGUUACUUUUCUGAAGAGGAAAUGAGAAAUAGAAAUCCGUUGCUGUAUGAAGACUACAUUGGUCAGUAUCUGACAAAGGAAGAGAAAGAUGAUUUGGAUAUGGGGAAUCGAUCUGAUGUCACCAUGUCUGGACUGAUACUCAAGAAAAUGGAGAUUGACAAGCGGAGAGAGCUCUAUGAAAGGCAGCAAGAUUUUGUAUCAGGUCAACUGGAAGAAAAUGAUUCAGAUGAGUCAGAAAUGGAUGAUGAGAGAAUGGAUCAAGAUCAUGACUCUGUUAGGAUUGAUAGUGAUCAAAAGCAGCAAUUCCGAGAGGAUUAUUUGAAAGCCAUGCAGUUGUCAUUUCUGAAUGGAGAUGAUAAAGACUUUGACUAUUCCAAGAUUGACGUUAGCGAUGCUUUGGACUCGAUAGACAUGUUAGGGAGAGAUGCUGAGGACGCUUAUUUUGAUGACGAAGAACCGACAAACCUUAGUGAUUAUGAACCUCUUUGUGUCGAUGAUGACUAUUAUGUUUGUCGAUAAAGUUAUUGUUAUGGUUUCAUGUUCUCUG